AUGGAAAUACUUGGAAUGUUAGAUCCUCAUGUGGUUACACUCUCUUUCUCUAUCGGUUGUCAUAUUGAGAGUGUAUGUCUAUGUCCCCUGCCUAAAUCUGCUGGAGUUAAUGUCUAUGUCUCUACCUUAGACGUUGAAGCUUCUGUCUCAAGCAUAGAGACUCCGGUCCAUAGCUCUAUUCCUGCCUUAAACAGUAACGUUGGUUCUGGCUCUGUCUCUACCUUUGUCCCAAAUGUUGAAGCUGUUUCAGAUACUGUAAUGGCUUCAAUCGACUCAACCAUUGUGGAGACUGCCUCUGCUCAAGACUCAAUAAUCCUAAGGCAACCUUCAGCUGUUAAUUUGUCAACCACGACGCAACUUCCGCCAUCAACUACAGUCAUUGAGGCUGUACCAAUUUGCGAAACACCACAUCCUCAAUCAAUCCCUUUGGUUAAGGAGGAUGUUGUUGUGAUUGAGCCCUAG